AACACCUGCAGAAAACAAAAAAGGAAUGAUGUAGCAUUUAUGACUGAUGUACUGUUGCAUUGAAGAAUUCACACUUUAACUCCAAUAAUGGCUAGCUCAGAAAGGCUAACUGGAAUGUGGCAGGACCUUAAAAGAGCCAAAAGGCUCCCCGCUUCUCCCAAUCUGGUUGUAAGUUGUGAGACAGAACUUCAGGAAUUGAUGAAGCAAAUAGAUAUUAUGGUGCAUGAACGACGUAUGGAAUGGGAAAGAGAUGUACAGCGACUGCAGGGUCGUCUUGAAGUAAAAGACAAUGAGAACAUGAUACAGAAAACUACACUUGAGCAAAAACACAGAGAGAUUGGUCAAUUGAGGCACCAACUUGAGGGCCAGGAAACAGCUCAGAGGGAUAUGGUGAUAGAGUAUGAAAGACAACUGGCCCAUAUCAAGGGAGAGGCGACAAAUUUGAGGAAAGCUUAUGAGAAACUACAGCGAAAACACGGGAAGAAUUCGAAAGACACAGAGAAGGAAAAGCAGAAAACAAGUUUUGAGUUGAAGGAAAGUUUAUCUGAAAUUGACAGACUCAAGAAACAAUUAGAGGAGUACAGGAUACAAAGUAGAGAAUGGGACUUACAGAAAACAACUUAUCAAACACAAAUUGAUAGCUUAGAAUCUCAGAGAAAAACGUUGGCUGAAAAAUGUGAUUUUAUACAGCACCAGUCUUCGGGCUAUCAAAGUGAGUUAGAGAAGAGGCGCCAUCUAUUAGAAAGUUCUGAGGUGACGCUUAAAUCUCAGAUAUCACGGCUAGAAGGAGAACUGGAAAGAUCAAAAGAUAUUAUUGAAACCCAGAAUAUUGAGCUAGACAGACUUAGGGCCAGUCAGGAGGAAUUCAAAGUUAACGAGAUGCACCUUUCCCAACAAUGUGCAUCUUUACAACAGGAUCUCAAACAACUGCUCUCUCAGAAGGAGAGACUUGAAGAAACUCUAAAGGAACUGCAGCUAGAAGUGAGGUCAAAGGCAGAUAUGUUGAAUAUAGCAGAAAAUGAUGGCCAGAGGUUUAACAAGGACAUGUACCAUGUGGAGCAGGAACUUCAACUCAAGGACAAAAGAAUAAGACAACUUGAGCUUUUGUGCCAGAAGAAAGAUACAGAACAGACAGUUAUGCUCAAACAUCAAAUAGAAGACCUAGAGGAUGAACUUAAGACAGUCCAGAAAUCAGAGGCCAAGUUAAAAAGAGAAGUACAAUCUCAAGAAGAGAAAUUAGUAAAGUUGAAACAAGAGCGGGUGAACAUUGAAACACAGCUCGCUAAAAAGACUGAGGAGAACAAGUACACAGAGAGCACAAUAUCCAGACAACUCAAUUCUGAAAUAAACAAGCUUCGUGAACAGAUCUACUCUCUGAACACGGCACAUGCUGGUGAAAUCUCUGGUAUGAAAAAAGAACUUGAAAGUCUGACGAGCGAGUUACAUGACAAAAAUAUUGCGCUGUCCAAGAUGGUGGAAAAAUCUUCCGAGAUGGGGGCAAAGACGUAUGAAGAGGAACGGAGGUUUGAGAAGCGUGGAGCAGAAUUACAGGUUGCUAAUGCACAGUUAGAAGCAUUGAGACUUGAGAACAGACACUUAAUGCAGACUAUGAUGAGACAAAAAGACAAGAAUCUUGACAUGGCUGAAGCUGAGGACCAUUUGAGACAACUUCAGAACUCUUAUACACUUUCACUGGCCAAACUUCAGGAAGAGAACAAGGUACUCAGAGACGAUGUGGACAAGUUAAAAGACCAACUAAAAGUAUGUGAUGACACUUAUAGGGCAAGUCUGGGAUCAACCAGAUACACUACUGAGCAAGCAAUAGAAGAUAUAAGACAGACGGAACAAAGAAAGAUCCAAGCUAUGCAAUUCGACAAUGACAGACGUCUAGCUGAGAUGGCUGACAAAUUCCAAACCACUUUACAACAAUAUGAACAAAAGAUUCAAGCUCUACAAGCCACCAACUCUCAACUGGAAGUUGAAAUAAACAAUCAAGAUAAGUCAUUGAGAAAGCUAGAAGGUGAAAAUGAGGCCAUGACAUCAUUUGUUGAAAAUGUUUCCGGUGUUGUUCAAAGUCCACCUAAACGCCAAGGUCUUUCCCAGUAUGCAUCUGAUCACGAUGGCAUGAAUCAAGAAGAGUACUUCUCCACCACAUCCAUGUUGACUGCUGAGUACUUGAAUGAGGAACAAGAAAGAACCAGGGACUUGGAGAGAGUCAUCAAUUCUCAUAUAGACAAUUUAAAAACUCAAUCUGAGAAAACGAUACAGGACUACCUGACAAGAACUAAAGGGAAUCUCUAACAAAAUUUGGCAAUAUGUGCAAAAUUCGACCAAUCAGAAUACACCACAUAAGUCAUGUGACAUUGUCUAACCCCUGAAAUUAGAAACUGUUGGAAGUUCAGUUUUACACUAAAUGAGGAAAAUAGAAGUUGGUAGCUUCCUCAAUAACAAGGCAUUAUAUUGAGACCCAAGAUAUUACCUUCUAAAAAGUGUAACAAGUGUUACAGAU